AUGACCCGCGAGAUGUCGACAGUUGUUUGGGUUGUUCUGAUUGGUCAGCUCGUCUCAUCGAUUGCUUCUUCUGGUUAUUAUUCUUCUGCUUCUUCUGGAGUGAAGGUAUACGCGAUGUCUACCACUCAAGUGUAUACCACACCGAACGCCGUAACCAAUGGCCACCCAAUGGACACGUCUCGGCCCACACUCUCCGCUUCGUCGUCGUCGGCGGCGACUACUGUCGAGUCGAGCGACGGCUCGUCCUCAUCGGCGGCCGGCACUCAAUUGUCGCAGAUUAUGAUCAACUAUAACAAGAUCUCGCAGUCGCCGCCGAUGAACGGCUCGACCGAUUGGUUGAACGGCUUUUACGAUUUGAUGCGAACCGAAUGGACGCGUUUGCGCACAUUUCACGCCCGACAAGACUGGCCGCACCGCUUCAUCACCGCAGAAGAGUUGGCGAACGCGGGCUUCUUCUACACCUCCAAUGAGGAUAGAGUUCAGUGCGCUUUCUGUCGAGGAGUGGUCUCGCACUGGAAGUCAGGAGACCGAGCGCUUAGUGAACACAGCAUUCACUUCCCAUUGUGUCCGUUCAUAAUGGAGAUGGACGUCGGGAAUGUGCCCAUCGGUAGAGAUCCCAUUCGCGACCCUAAGGCCAGACACGAUGUCUGCGGAAAUAUGAGUUCAUAUGGAGACACGAAUUCAGUGCUGAACUCAAUUUCGAUCAAUAGAAGAGAUGUCGAUAUGAAGGCAUUGGAUACACAUAUGAGUGAAUUUGGAGUCCAACCCCACAACGGACCCAAAAAUCCCGAAUAUAACUCGAUUGACGCCCGAAAGCGUUCCUAUUAUAUCAAUGGUUGGGAUCAAUCGAUUCCCGUAUCAAUGGAUAGCUUAGCUGAGGCCGGCUUUUUCUCAGUCGUUGUGAUGAAAUUUGGUGUCAAUUUUAACUUUUACUGA